CUCAAAUUUUCGCCCAACUCAUUUGAGUUCAAUUGAACCAACGAAAGUCAAGACUUUCGAGUUCCACCACACGUGAGUUAGAGUUUCAUCCCUAACUUUGUUCCCCGCCGCUUCCCUCCUUCAGCAGCCCCACUCUUCUCCACCUUAUCACGGAGUUCCUCGGUGGGCUUGUUACAUUGAUUGCCCUUGAUAUAUUUUUCACUAUGUACUCUCUACACUCUUUGCUCCCAGCAACGUGUUGUUAUUCUUGGGCUGUGAAGAACUUACUUUUUGCUUCUACCACGUUUUCAGGCUAUGAAACUGAAAGAGUAAGAGUAUCCAUUGCAAAGGUGUGCACUUUACAGAUCCUAGCAAUAUUAAGAGCUACACUAGCCAGGCUCUAAAUCAUCCCACUGGAAGAAUCUUGAAUCAAUAUGUUCACCCUCUAAAAUUUGUGUCUGGUGAAACUUAUUCUGUUCUUCAAUCAAGUGGUCUUCGGCACUGGUUCAAAAACUGGCAAAAACUAAGGGAGCAUAAACUGACAACGAGAACUUUAGCUGCGACUAUUGGGUUUUGGCAUCGCUGAAGGGUUCAGCUGUGGCUAGAGAUAAUUAAGGCAAUUGAGCCAUUUUCUGGAAAACUGGCUACAUGUUGGAGCAAUGUUAAAAAAGAUGAAGCACUUGAAAGAUACAAGGUCAAAACUAGUAAUAUUGUUUUGUUUCCUUAAUUUCAGUUCUAUAGUGAGAGAAACCGAGAAGAUGAUUGGCUAGCAGGUUCCCCAGAUGGAGUAGUUGAUUGGACCAAAGCACAUAUGUUAUGAUGGCCCCUAAGUAAGUGAAAGACAAGAUGAGCAAGUCAUGUACGAGUGAUAGAAAAUGCAUGGAGUCAAUCAUUCAUGCAUCAAUGUUACUUGUAUUGCCAUCAAUGUAUCAAACUGGAAGAGUAAGAGUAUCCAUUGCAUAGGUUUGCUCUUUACAGAUCCUAGCAAUAGUAGGAGCUACACCAGCCAGGCUCUAAAUCAUCCCUCUGGAAGAAUAUUGCAUCAAUAUGUUCACCCUCUAAAAUUUGCGUCUGGUGAAACUUAUUCUGUUCUUCAAGCAAGUGGUCUUCAGCACUGGUUCAAAAACUGGCAAAAAGUCAGAAAGCAUAAAUUGACAGCAAGCACUUUUGCUGCAGCUAUUGGGUUUUGGCAUCGCCGAAGGGUUCAGUUGUGGUUAGAGAAAAUUGGGGCAAUUGAGCCAUUUUCUGGAAACCUGGCUACCUGUUGGAGCAAUAUUAAAGAAGAGGAAGCACUUGAAAGAUACAAGCUCAUAACCGGUAAUACUGUUUUGUUUCCUGAAUUUCAGGUCUAUGGUGAGAGAAACCCGGAAGAUGAUUGGCUAGCAGGUUCACCAGAUGGAGUAGUUGACAGGCUAGUUUAUGAUUUGCCUUCACAGGGAGUGCUUGAGAUAAAGUGUCCAUUUUUCAAUGGAGAUAUGAGCCAGGCUGUCCCUUGGUCACGAGUCCCUCUUUACUGUAUUCCACAAGCUCAGGGUUUAAUGGAAAUAAUGGACAAGGAUUGGAUGGAUUUCUAUGUUUGGACUCCUAAAGGGAGUAGUCUGUUUCGGCUAUACAGAGAUAUAGAAUACUGGGAUGUAUUGAAAAUGGCACUCUCUGAUUUCUGGUGGAAACAUGUCCAACCAGCCAAGGAGUUGUGCGGUAAAUCUGUAAUCACGAAUCCUCUCACUCAAUUACGUUCACUUAGGCCAGCUCCUAGGCAUGAGUUGUGUAGUUAUAUAGUUUAUGAAAGUAAGCAUGUUGUCGAUAACUCAAAGUUGGUGAUGCGUGAAAUUUAUGGAAUACUCCAAAACUGAUGCAUCGAAUGCAUCUAUUUUUGGUAUUUGAACUUCUAUUGCUUUAAGUGGAUGGGACUCUUUAUCUAUGUAGGAGCUAGUAGAAAUAUUGUUUGCUCGAGUUUUUUUAGCACUUGAAGUAAAUUUUUAUAGGAACUGUCAUCUGCAAAAGGAAGAGGAAAAAUAGAUUGUUGGUAGAAGCAGAAAUUCUCAUGCUAGUCAUGAUUAAUCAGAUAUAUGGAAGAGAAUGUAGUAAUACCAUCCUUGGUGUGUGACUAUAAGGGUGUGGAUAUAUUUCCCUCUGCGUGGACCAUGCAAUAGAUCACAAAUGGGAAGCCCUGAAGAUUCAUAAUUUCAUCGUUUACUGACUAGCUAAUUUAUGUGGUGUCUAGUACAUGUAAGCUUUGUUUUUCUUUUACCAAUACUCUUGCUUUUGGUUCAUGUGAAGUAUCCUUAUCCAGUAUUGAACCUGUAGGGCAUAGGCAGCUGCAUAGGAUGUACCACUGAAUAUAUGCUCUCCAAGCACUUCCUGUGAGCAUUGGUUGCAGUGCUUGCUCUGGUUUCUGAGCUAUCAGCCACAUCCUAAACUAAGGGAAGAGAGUAGAGUAGGUCUUCUGGCUAGGACUAACCCAACUAGGAGGUUUUAGUGUUGAACAAAGCAACUUCCACUUGGACAGCUUGGGUCAGGUUGUAAGUUGACCUAAUGGCUGCCAGCAGCUGAACCUAGUAUUAAAAUGGGAUUUGAAGCCUGAAAUCAGGCCUGGGUUUUGUAAGGUUUGGGUGGCUCUGGUUAUCCCCUUUACUGCAUAUCUCCCACAAUAUAACAUCAAUUUCUAUCACUGGGCUUAUUGAUAAACCUUGAUGAACUUUACAUCAAAAUGGGGUUUGAGGUCUAAAGGCAGGCUUGGGUUUGGUCCAGUUUGUGGUUGUUUAGGUAUGAAUGGGAGGUGUACCCUUUACCGCAUAUUUUCAACAUUUUAAUAUCAAUUACUCUGUCUCAGUGCUUAUUGAUAAACUAUGUCGUAGAAGCAAUUUAGUUUAUGAUAUAUGAGUGGAAGGAGACCAUUUUGGUGGGAUUUAUGCUUAUAACAUUGGAUUAUGUCUUCUUGUAGUCUUAGUUGUCUGGGGCUGUGCUUAUAGUGUUGUGUUAUUGUGUACGCAGGAUUAUACUUUAUAGAGUUGUCUUAUUAUUGUUCCAUGGAUAUGAGAACUUGGGAUAGCUUAUAUGUUAUAUGUGAGUGUGUAUUUUGCCAAUGGUCUUUGGACCAAAUGGAAUCUACUCUCCCAUAAGCUAAGUUGGAGGGAGGACAUGGCCCAUCGGCUAACUCCCUUACCAGUGUAGGAGUUGCAUUUAACUACAAAAACAAGGUAUAGAUCCUUGUGCUCGUGUCCUUGAGCGUUUGUGGAGAGUGGAGUUAAAAGCAGUUAGUUGCUGAUGCAUUUAGCAGUUUUCAAUACGGAUUUAUAUUUAAUCAUAAUGAUUUUGUCUUCAAUUGAACUAGUCAUGGCAGCAAGUUCUUUCCUGUUUUGAUUAACCUUCUGCUGCUUCAGCAUGUGGUUGAUAUAGGGUACCAUUUGAUCAUUUAAGUUUCAAAUGCAGCCCAUCUAUCCAAAUCUUCAUCAAGGGUGAUGUCACCAGUGACUGUCAAGUGAAUGCUGUCUGGUUAGUGCCAUCAUUGUGGUGGACUAAUAAUUGGUAACGAGUUGCUUUCACAAACAAGGUGCCUCCUGCAGCAGCAAAAUAGGGCGAUCCAACCUCCAAAUCAACCGGAGCUCCAAAUGAUUACUACCUUACAUUUGGUUGCAGACUAUGAAGCAGAAGAGGAUGAUAGGAUCAUCCUCGAUUCUGACACCGCAGGCCAGAUGCCCUCUCGAUCCCAACAGUGCGGAGUUCACAGCCACAUUCGAGAAGCAGGCCCUUGCCUUCAACAUAAUAAUUAAUAUUCCGCAAACGAGCUUUUGGGGAAUUUCAAUCUGUUGAGACAUUGAUGAUAGAGCAGGCUCUUCUCCAAGAGGAGAGGCGAGCCAUUCUGGAUGUAAAAACAGAGAUAAGAGUCCAGAGAGAAGGCUGGUCGUGAGGCUCAUGAGGCUAAAUUGCGAAUGGCGGCCAUAGUCCAGGCAGAGGAAGCUCGAGCUGAAUCGCAGGCUCAUGCAGAAAUGAUGGCCCGAGGCCCAAUAAAUUAAUAUGGCUUAACAUUGUUGGUCAGAUUAUCAAUUUAGAUUAUAAAUUUAUUUUUGUUAGGGAGAUCCAAAUAAAGGGAAAAUCAUUUCCCAAAAACAACUCUCACCGCACUAAUUUCAUUUUGAAAUAUUUUUGGUUCGUUAUCAUGUUUUCCCAUUAUGAUGGAUUUGUGAAACAUUGUUGGAUUUUAUUUUAUUUUAUUUUAUUUAUUUAUUUAUUAUUAAUUUGAUCUGA